GGCCUUUGGUCAUUUGUACAGGCUGACCUAACGCAUGGCUACAAUCAACCAUUUUGUGAUGAUGAUGAUACGAAGCAACAUGUUUUGAGGAACUUCAUGAGAACACCGAAAAAUCUGGAGAACCUUAUGGUGUUUGGAUUUCUCCUCUGUCUCCACACGUUUCUCUACGUCUUCACUUUCCUGCCCUUACGAGUCAUAGCAGCUGCCGUGUCUCUCGUUUUCAAUAUCUUUACACGUCCAUGGAAACCGCUUCUCAACCCUGCGCAGAUCUGUGAUCUCUUACGAGGUGUUAUAUUCUGUGUCUGCUUCUGUCUUCUAUUCUAUAUUGACAACUCAAUGCUUUAUCAUCUCGUGAGAGGACAGGCGGUCAUCAAACUGUAUGUCAUACAUAACGUAUUGGAGAUUGCUGACAAAUUGAUGUCUUCGUUUGGUCAAGAUGCAUUGGAUGCUUUGUUUGCCAAAGCUACAUCGCGAUCAACUCCAAGAUGGAAACUUAUUUUCGUCAUUCCUCACAUACUAAUUGCUAUUGUUUACGUCUUUGUGCAUGCUGGACUUGUUCUAACUCAAGCAACCGUACUGAAUGUCGCCAUCAACUCUCACAACAAGGCACUACUGACUAUCAUGAUUUCCAAUCAGUUUGUGGAGAUGAAGUCGAAUGCUUUCAAGAGAUUUGAGACGAACAAUCUUUUUCAGAUUUCUUGUCAAGAUAUAAGAGAGCGGUUUCAUUAUGCUGUACUUCUUAGCAUUGUUCUACUCAGGAAUAUGGCUGAGUUGGACUGGAACGAAGAUCAUUUGUGGACUCUAAUUCCCAUUCUAUUUGGUGUUAUGGCAUCAGAAUUUGUUGUCGAUUGGAUUAAGCACGCAUUCAUUUUAAAAUUUAACAAUAUCAACUCUAAUGUAUAUAAAGACUUUCGACGAUCAUUGGCCAAAGAUGUAGUCAUUCAUAGACGCAACAUGGCACCAGGAGAUCAACUGGAUGUCGUAUCUCGAAGGAUUGGCUUUAUACCUCUACCACUGGGUUGUCUGGUCACUCGAGUAGCCGUCAAUUCCAUCCACAUCAGUGGCAUUACAGGCAUAGCGCUCAUACUCAUAAUUUACUUAUGCCUCGUCUGCUUCAAAAUUCUCAUCAGCAUUAUCCUACUUGGCAAGGCCUGUCGACAUUGGAUAUCAGACGAGGACGAAUCAAGCAGAGAAACAUAUCCUAGUCGUUCCUCCACUCACAAGCUGCCAAAUUUUGUUUCCACCAAGCUGCCCGCGUCUCCCUUUAUUCGACCACAGUUGACGCCGUCCGUGAAAGGAACAAGUGUGACGUCGACCCCGUUGGUUAGCACGGGUCACCCUGUCGUUCCUGACAUGCGGGAUGGGAGGCCACGCCUACAUCUGGACGAGGUGAAUCGUUUUACGUUGUGUGGUGGCAGCAUCUUGUAGAGACCGCAGCCUGGAGUAGAGUACGAUUGAAGAAUUAUUGGGGUUUGUUCAGUGUGUGAUUUGGAUCUCUCUAUUCAGAGUUGUGUUGGUUGUAUAAGCAGACUCUCUUGAAUGUCAGCCGGUGGGUCUGCAUUGUUUAGGGUUGAUUUCAGGCGAUUUUGUCUGAUUUUUAAGAGUUGUGUUGAAGGUGCUUACUCUGUUGAUCGUUUCUAGUUAAUAGCAAAUCAAAAUCUGGAAGCGUCACAAUGAUUACUGUUUGUGUUUGCUGGGCAGUUGAAGGGAUGAUUUGUGGUUUGGGUUGAUUGACUUGGUGAUUUGUGCUGCACAUGUUUUGGUUCCGUUGUGAAGGCAUGCACAUUCAUGGCAUCACUUACCUAAUUAUGAUUAUAGUUUGGUGGCUGACUGCAUGGUGUGUUAAGUUGUCUAGACGACAUGAAAUUGAUUGUCAAAAUGCAACUGCUGGGGGAAUG